CCCACCUCUGCAUCUUUGUCCCCAGGUCUAGAGGAGAAAAUAGCACAUAGUAGAUACAAGGAUUCCUUGAUUAAUUGAAGCUGAAGUUGUUUUAGUAAAAGACAUUGGGUUCCAAGUAGAUGGACCUAGUAUAUCAUAAAAGCUCCCCCAAGAGAUCUGUAAUCAAGCAAAAGAGAUGGGCCUCCCUAUCCACAGUGGAAAUUAAAAAGGGCUCACUGACCAUAUAGUGUCCACAUAAUAAUGUCCCAUGGAAUGAUCAGACCAUGCACUGAGACCAUCAGUACAUUUGCAUUAAUCAGGUUUUAUAGGUCUACAAUCAACUGGGCCAAGAUAUGAAUUUAAUGAAAAGGGAGGGCUGAACUCUGUUUAGAAUAUUUCCUAGGGUUUUUCACCACUUGAAAGUUCUCCUUGAAACAAAGAUUAGUCUGUGUAAUGAACAAUAAUGUAGAUUGUGCUCAUUGACAACUUUAUGUCUUAUCAAAAAAUCAAACAUAUAAAUAAGUAAACCAAAGAAAAAUAAAUGGUGGAAGAAAGAGUGGGAUAAAGUAGGUGGGAGUUUAUCAAUAUCUACUUUUUAAAAAAGGAGUAGCAUAUGAGACUGAAGAAAUAAAUGACCAGAAAAAAAGCUGGGAUUAUCAGACAAAAACAGUAAAAGAUCAUAUAUUUGGACAGCCUGAUUUCUGCAUUAGUCCCCAUCAAAUGUUAAAAGGAAUGGAAAAGGACCUAAAGUUCAUUCAUUGGGUACUUUAUCUUUGGAAGACCUAUAGGAAUCUGUUGCCAAAAUCACCACAGAAUGCGAAGGUAUAGAGGAAUCCCAAGUUGUACUGAUGGAAGGAAUGAAAUUAAAAUUCCAUUAAAAUAUAGAUAUAGACUAGUAAAAUUAAAUAUAGGGGAGAAAGACAGCAAGAAGGAAUGGAAGACUUAAGAAUCUCCUGAAUUAUAGAGUGGUUGGAAUUCCCCUGAUAUCUGCCCUAUCCUAGGAAAUCCUUCAUAGAUUUUCUCCCAAGAGAAAAAUCAUGAUUCCUUAAAUGAUAGGGGGAGAAGCAGGGAUAUGUUCAGACACUGCUCUAUUGCUAAGAUUCUCAUUGUUUGAGCAUUGUUUUCAGUGCGGUGACAAAAUCUUCCUAUCUCUGAGGACACAGGCCCCAUAACUACCUCCUUAAAGGUAUUUUAUUUUAUCCUGAUUAUAUGGUAGAUUAAUUAGUUAUUUUGAACCUGAAUCCCCAAGGAACCUGUUGUUUGUUCUCUCACUGAAUUCCCAGAACACCUUCAGGAGAUUAAGCAGAUAAAAUAUUUUGGAGAGAAAACACACCUCCUUGCUUGUGUAUGAGACUUUUUCUUCUGUAACAGAGUUGGGUCUGAAAAUUUUAAUACUUAUCCAGAGGUCCCAUAUUCUUAGAGGCAACUAUGUGGCCCAGUGGAUAGAUUACUGGACCUGAAGUCAGAGAACCUGAGAUUAAAUAUUAGCUUGAGACAUUUAAUAGCUCAGAUACUCCAGGAAAGUCACUUAAAUUCUGUUGGUCCAAUUUCCUCAAGCAUUAAGUGGGUAAAAUAAUAGUACCUACCACCUAAGUAUAUGAGAUUAAUUUUUAAGUUCUUACAAUAGGGAACAUAGUAGGUAAUUAAAAGUACUAAUUUUCUUUCUUCUGAAUUAAACCUCAAAAGAAAAUAGAUAUCAUUUCAAUGGUCUUCCUUAUUUAAAGAUGAGGAAAUUGAGUUUCAGAGCUUUCAAGGUCAAAGAGAUCAAAAGUAACAGCUGGAAUUCAAGUCUAAGUGAGCAUCCUUCUUCAAUAUAUUCCUGCAAUCUGCCUGCACAGCUUUUCAUCUUUGAAUACCUCCGGUGAUUUGGGGGGGUUAAUCUGAUCAAUGAUCUUCCCUAUGAAGCAGGGACAGAAAGGUAAGUGUGAAAAGUAUUUAAGUGAAAUAAAUGAAACACAUUUAGAUUACUGGUUUUUUCCUUAACUAAAGUACAUAGAGGACAGAUUUGUCCACUUAAAUCAAAACUUACAAAUUUUCAUUGGUUACUUCAGGGAGAGAAUCAAUAAGCAUUUCUGAAAUAUUACUUCUCUUUUAGAAUUAUAAGACCAUUGAACUUUAUAUACUGAUUAUAAUGGAUAGGCACAGUUUGGGCUUUGAUAAGAGUAGAUCAUAUGUAUGCUUCUGUGAUCUGUGGGAUGUUUGAAAAUGCCCAUGAUGAAAACACUGCCAACUUCCAAAAAUUUCAAAAUUGAAGAUAAUUCCAUCUUGCAAAACAGUUCCUAAUAUAAAAAGGACACUCCUAAGCCAGAUGACACUUUUAAGACAAGUUAUUAAUGGUAUAUUCAUCAUCUUCUCCAUCAUUUUGACAAUGAUAUUCCAAUAUGGUUGAUUCUUUUAUAAUUCUGUAUAUUUCAUUAUAUAUAUAUAUAUAUAUAUAUAUAUAUAUAUAUAUAUAUAUGCGCAUUACUCUGGAAAUGGAUUCAUAGGUGUCACAAUAAUGUGAAAGAGAUCUAUAUAUAAUUCCUUGAUUUAAAAAGUUGAUCAAUUGCAUAUCAACAUGAACUGAUCAUGAAUUUUCUGUCUUAAAAAUCUCAUGGGACUGAAAGAAGCAGAGACAAGGAAAGAAGUAGGAAGAGAAAGGGAGGGAGAGAAUGGAAAUGAACAUGUGGCAUGACGAGUGUCCUGAUUCCCAAGAACAAGACAUUGUCUGAGAAAGUUUUUUUUUAUAAUAACAUCAAAAAGCUCCUCAUAUCCUCAUAGAAAUGAGAAAGACUCAACCAUUUUCCAGAAAAAUAACAAUUUGUUCACCAGUUAAAAUGAAAAUUCUCCUUGGAAUUAACCUUUUGGAGACACUCAAAACUUAGAGAAUUCAUUUAUCAUAGGAUUAAAGGAUUUGAGAUUAGAAAGGAUCUUUUGAUUAGAAAAACUAACCACCCAAUUUAAAAUAUUAAGAAACUCAAACCCUGAAAGAUAAAAAGAUGUGCAUAAGAUAACAGUUUUAAAGAAGUAGAGCCUGGUUUUUAAAGCAGAAUUUCUGGUGUUUAAUAAAGAUAUUUUCAGACAGGGUACCUGCCACUGAGAAGGAAAGGCCCUACAAAAUGAGAUUCAGGUAAUUUUGUCAGAAGGAACUAGACAGAGGUCCACAGCUAUGAACUUUUACAAGUAUGGAUGGAAAGGAGAAAAGCUCAGGUGCCUGGGUAACCAAAGAAGUUAGAAACAUCAAUAGCAGUGAGAAGUACAGGAAAAUGGAACCAGGAAGAAACCAAAGACAACCUGCACCUUAUCCACAAUAUUUCUUAUGACCAUCUGAAGUCAGGUGUCCCUAACCCUUCUUGAGGGGAUUUUCUUAAAAAAAAAAAGAUACUAAAGAAAAUAUAGAUGAAUAGACAAUGUAAUGGUAUGGAGAGCAUAAUAGGAUAUUCCAAUCAGCACUGAAUCAUAAUUAAAAUCAGCAUGGUUUACAUGCUCAGAAAGGUUCUUCUUUAAGUAGUCCCAAGAAAUAAGUUUUCCAAGUACUUUAAUCCUCAUUUAACAAUUUACUUCCACAUAGGCAUAUAGCCUAUAAAUGUCACAAAAAGAAACUAGGUCUUCCAAGUGUGUAUUUACUGCUCUAGAUCAGGGGUGUCAAAUUCAUGUAGAAAUGCAUAAGGAUUAUUCCUAGCUUCAUGUUGACUUUUCAAAUGUAAUAUUAUCUAGGGUUAAUUGUAUUUUUAUUGAUUUUGUUAAUUAUUUCCCAAUUACAUUCUAAUCUGAUACAGGCCACCAUGGGAUAUUAUGUUUGAUGUAUCUGUUCCUAAGUAUGCCUAAUGAAAAGAGAAAUGGAAGACUCCACAUGAAGAAAGAUGAAAUUUAAGAUUUUGACAAGAAAUUAUGUUUAGGGGAACAAAAAAUAUUAAUUACCAAGUGAUUUAGAAAUAAGCAAAUUAAUCACGGAAGGGACCCUAUAAAACUAUUAAAUACAAUGUGGUGAUUCAGUCACUAAGAAAAACCCCUUGCUCAUUCCACAGGAAUUGUCUGAGAAGUGAAGGGAUCAAUGUAUUGCUGGAAAUAGGAAUUUUCAAGUAGAAAAAGGAAACACAUAUGAGCUUCUUCUGUCACUGUUCUCACCAAAUGCCACUGAUAUCUUCCUUCUCUCUACAUUCUCCUCUCCAUACCCAAACUCUCCUUCUCUUUUUUGUGUGCAGAUUUAUCAAAAUUCAAAAGACAGGGAUGAGAAAUCACACAGCAAUAACAGUAUUCAUCUUGCGGGGACUGACAGAUGACCCACAACUGCAGGUGUUGCUUUUUAUCUUUCUGUUUCUCAACUACUUCUUGAGUCUAACUGGGAACCUGACCAUCAUCACCCUCACUUUGGUGGAUCCUCACCUGAAAACUCCCAUGUAUUUUUUCCUCCGAAAUUUUUCCUUCUUAGAAGUCUCACUCACAACUUCCUGUAUUCCUAGAUACCUCUAUAGCCUGUCAACUGGAGAUAGAAUGAUUUCUUAUAAUGGCUGUGCCACACAAGUAUUUUUUGUCAUCUUUCUUGGGGCAGCAGAGUUCUUCCUUCUGGCCACCAUGUCCUAUGAUCGCUAUGUGGCCAUCUGUAAACCUCUGCAUUACACAAGUAUCAUGAACAGAAAAAUCUGUAAUCAGCUCUUACUGAGUUCUUGGCUGGCCGGACUGAUGAUCAUCCUCCCACCUCUUGGAAUGGGCCUUGAGUUGGAAUUCUGUGAUUCCAAUAUUGACCAUUUUUCUUGUGAUACAUUUCCUUUGCUGGAGAUUUCAUGUACAGACACACAGUUGAUAGAGAGCGUUGUCUUAAUUGAUGCAAUAUUGACACUCAUCAUCACCUUACUCUUAGUGAUUCUGUCUUAUGCCUCCAUUCUCAGGACUAUUCUAAGAUUUCCCUCUGCCCAGCAAAGGAAAAAGGCCUUUUCCACGUGUUCCUCCCACAUAAUUGUUGUCUCAAUCUCUUAUGGCAGUUGUAUCUUCAUGUAUAUCAAACCUUCUGGAAAUGAAAAAGUAAAUUUUAACAAGGUGGUAUCAGUUCUCAUGGCCUCUGUUGCCCCUGUAAUGAACCCCUUUAUUUACACCCUGAGGAACAAACAAGUCAUACAAGCCUUUAAGAAAUCAGUGAAAAAGAUUGUGAUUUUCACAAAACAGUAAAAGACUAUGGAGCUCAAUAUACAAAAUGGUAAAUGAAAAGCUGUUCAUUAUUCUGAAAGCCUUUAUCAAUUUUCUUGCUAACUAUCCUAUUAUAUAGUAUAUGGAGUUUAGGAUUCUAAAAGAAAUUUCUCCUCCUUUUUUACAUAAUCUAUGAUGCUUUCUGAACUUCAGUCAUCUGUCCAUCGGACUCCAUUGCCCUGUCUGCUAUUUCUAUAAUUUAUUGGUUCAAGGUCUCUUACAGAGAUUCAUGGGAUAAAUGAAUCCAACGUUCAAAAGAUCUGUAUUCUAAUUCUUCAGAUAUUUAUUCUGAGAAACUUACAAAUUGAAGAUUCAUAUGCUUAGAAGAGUCAGAGAUUUUUAAAAAGAUUUUAAAGACUAUCUAGACUGGUUCCCUCAUUUUAUUCACAAGGAAACUGAAGCCUAGAAUUAUCAGUCAGUAAAUCAAUUGGUCAAUGAUGUUUAUUAGGUAACUAUAAGAGGUAAGCACUUUUAAUAUGUAAAACUACAAAUAAUCAUACCUGCCCUGAAAAAGGUCAUUCUAAUGAUAGAAAUAAUUUUUAAAAUGUACAAAUAAGCUAUAGGAAAAAUAGUAAAUGGGGGGAUGGUGUUAGAAUUAAAGAAGCCACAAGGAAGAGAAAAGGAUAGAGAGCAUUCCGAACAUAGGGGUCAUCCAGGAAAAAAUGUCUAGAGCAAAGAGAUGGAGGACCAUGUUCUUGGAACAUCCAGGAGGCCAAUAUCAGUGAAUUGAAUAUAAAUGGUGGGAGUAAAGUACAGGAAGUAUGGAUAGGUUAAAAUAGAUGACAUCUUUUAAAGUUCUUUGAAUGCCCAAAUGAGAGGGGUUUUGUUAGUUCUGGGAAACAAUAGAAAAGCACUGGGAUGUAUUGAA